UGGCUUCCUCAAAAAUAACCCCCACGCCACUGUUCAUCAUAAGAAAUCACCAUAGCGGACAUGAGGCUCAGAGAAAGCACCACCCUCCUUUGUUCUGUUUGAUGGAAAUGUUCUCCGGAGGACUUCUCCUGAUUUUAGUGAUGACGUCAUCUGCUGACCAGGAAGUCAAGCAGAACCUGAUCUCCACUGUGGGAGGAGAGGUCACCAUACCUGAGCCUGUCAAGAGUCGUGGAUUUGUUUUGAAACAAGGACGUUUUAUCGCUAGUGUGAAAGAUAGUGUGUUUGAGAUAGAAGAUGAUGAUUUCCUGAACAGAUUUUCCUGGGACCGAGCCUCUGGGCUGUUCAGUAUAAGAAGACUGCAGAGCGAGGAUUCAGGGGAUUAUUCUGUUGACGUUAACAAGACUGCUGUAUCAUUCAAGCUGAGUGUUUAUGACGCCGUCCUGGAGCCCGGUGUCACCGUAACGUCUGUGAGCAGCGAGCGCUGCACCCUGCUGUGUGCUGUGGACCAACUGAGUGGAGGGACUCUCUCCUGGUAUCAAGGAGAGGUCCUGGUGAACCAGAGCAGCACCCAGUGCUCUCUCCCUCUGACCGUGGACAGGCUGGCUCUCCGGUCCUCCUACCGCUGUGUGUCUGCCAACCCUGCUGGUAACCUCACCCGGUCAGUCGACGCUAAGACGUCCUGCACAGUACAGCAGCGCACUGGUGAUGAAGAGGAACCCAUAUGGCUGUUCCGGAUUGUGAUUCCGAUCGUCUGUGGUGUUACAUUCAUCCUGUUCCUAUCUGUCAUCAUAUUCUAUGUUGAAGCUUCAAUCAAACAGAAGGGUGGCUUCACACAGCAGGAGGAGCUUGAAUACGGCCGCUGCAACACCCACGUCAGAUACAACGAGAUGCAAGCCAAAGAGAACUGAAGGGACUAAACGCUCUGGGAACAAACCAUCGUAGCCGCCUCUCCUGGUGUCAGUAAAACAUUUGUUACCAAAAACAUUUGGCAGGAUGACUCUGUUUGCAUUUAGUGUGCGCCCCCCGGCACGAA